GCGCAGCGGCGCCAGUGGCCGCCCCGCCGAGAUGCUGCUGGACCUGUCGGAGGAGCACAGGGAGCAUUUGGCCUUCCUGCCGCAAGUGGACAGCUCGGUGGUCGCCGAGUUUGGGCGGAUCGCCGUGGAGUUCCUGAGGCGAGGCUCGAACCCCAAGAUCUACGAGGGCGCCGCCAGGAAACUCAAUGUGAGCAGUGACACUGUCCAGCAUGGUGUGGAAGGAUUAACAUACCUGCUCACUGAAAGCUCGAAGCUCAUGAUUUCUGAACUGGAUUUCCAGGACUCCGUUUUUGUUCUGGGAUUCACGGAAGAAUUGAACAAGUUGUUGCUUCAGCUUUAUCUGGACAACAGAAAGGAGAUCAGGACUAUUCUGAGUGAACUAGCACCAGACCCCCCCAGCUACCACAACCUUGAAUGGCGACUGGAUGUGCAGCUUGCAAGCAGAAGCCUCAGGCAACAGAUAAAACCAUCAGUGACUCUAAAGCUGCACCUCAAUCAGAAUGGAGAUCGCAACAUCCAGGUUCUGCAGACGGACCCGGCCACCCUGCUCCACCUGGUGCAGCAGCUGGAACGAGCGUUGGAGGAGAUGAAGACCAGCCACUGUCGGAGAGUCGUGCGCAGCAUCAAGUAGUCCCGGGCCUGGGGUGCUUUCCCCUGGCUCACGCGCAUCGCUGGUGUGCAGCAGCUGCUUCUAAAAACUGGGUGGUUUUUUUUUUUAAUUAAUUGAUGGCAUAACUACAUAUAGAUUCUAUGAAAGCUUUUUUCCUUUAACAAGGUACAAGGUCAUGUUCAAAAGCUAACAUAAACUUCCUUUCCUGGUGCUAAAUGUGAUCACCUUCUUGACAAAUUGAGAUGCGUUUUAUAUUUUAAGUGUAUGAAUAGGAUUGAAUCAACUGGAAGUGAAUCUGUCCUGUACAUAUUAUCUGUGCAUACGAAUGACUAUACUUUUCUUAGUACUUCUUUUGACUGCUUAUCUUUAUUAUUUUUCUCCUUAUUGACCAAAAUUUGAAAAUAAAAUUCACAGCGUUACUGUUACUAUGCUGUUACUAUUCAGAAUGUUUCUAGACAGUUCAGUGUUUCUGACCUUUGAAAGCAACCCUCACAUGUUAAUAGCCACAGAGUACUUGGAAAUAAAUAGGAACUUAAAGUACUGGAUUGCUGAGGCAGCUCGUGCAUUUCUCUGCGUGUGAAGAUGAGCACUCGCCAUGUGGCUUUGGUCUGCGCUGUGGCUGAUUAGCCUCCGCGUUCAGUGCUCGAGUUCGUGUGGUCACGUAGUGCAUCUCACCCAGGGCCGCUUUUCCCAGUACCCAAGCGUCCGAGACAUGCUCAUUACCUUUGUAAACAAGGUGUGCAAGGGUAGUAUAAUUGAUCCCUGAUUAUCUGGGUGAAAUGACAGUCACUUUUUCUAUUUUUGUUUGAAUAAAGUAUAAAGAAGGCAAAGGGAAACCAUGUUUACUACGUUCCAGGCAAAUAUCCCUUCUUUCUUACAAUCU